UGGUUAAAUGCUAAAGUGCGGCAGGUCUAACUGGAAAAAUGAAUGAAGGCUGUGAGACAGUUUGGAAAGAGUGCUAAACCUAGUAAUUACGUCUUGAAGUAUGGGCGGUGGGACCUUUACAGACUUUUCUUUUUUAGGCAGUCAAGGUAUAAGAGCUGCAUUCAGAGGAGAAAAAACUAAUACAAAGACAUCAAAAUUAUUUCUUUCCUGUCUAUGUUCAUUAAGAAGUAUUUCCAGCCAUGUUAUUUUAUUUUGUGAGGAUUUAUAAGGGGAUAUCUAUUGUGUGAAGUGGUGAAGAAGCAUUAUAGCACAAGCAGAGUGAAGAGUGUCAUGCUGCUUCAUAGUCAGCUGCUCUGAGCAUAGCCUUUUGCCUAAAAACUGCUCUAUUCUGGGAAGGACUAAAAUGGGCUUAAUGUAAUGCUAUUUUAUAGAAAGUUACAGGAAAUGCCUGACGAACUACCAGUUGGUUGAAUGGGGAGCUAUCAACUUCAUUUGGAUUUUCAAAAAGCAUUCAACAACUUUUGCCACUGAAAGCUUUUAAAGAAAUUAAGCUGACAUAGGAGAAGAAAGUUGUUGCUUGAUUAAAUGAUUAGCUAAAAGAUAGGAUACAAAAGGUCAACCAUUACAGAGGGGGAGUUUCUCUGUACUUUUGCUAGGGCCUGCAUUCAGUGUAUCAUAAACUGUCAGCAAUAAACAGCAAAUGCUGAGAUGAUUAAUUUUUCUUGUGAAGUCGACUGAUACAUUGCAGUAAAGACAAGUGCCAUCAGUGAAGCUUUAAAGUCUUUAUGCUAAUAGGCCGCUGAAUGAAACAAUAGCAGAUGAUAUUCAUUGUAGGUGAGUCCAAAGAGGUGUAGCAUGGGGCAGAGCUGAUCACAGCUUUACAGUUAUAUAUACACAUGUAUUUCUGUAAAGUGCACGUAUAGUGGUCGGGUUUGAAGUGAACACACAGGAGUGAUAAUUGGGGCAAUAAUAUAUGUUGCUUAAAAAAAAGUAGUUUAGUGCUCAGCAGUUGUACAAAAGAGAACAAACCAGAGCAUUAUUAUUUAGCUAUAGAAGGCCAUGGUUUGCGCACAUCUUGAACAUGGUAGGCAGAUGUGGUCCUCUGAUCUCAGAAACAGAUAAAGGAGAACUUUAAGGCGUUCAGAGGUGGUAGAUAAGGAUAAUUGAAGAUAAGGGACAAGUUCUGUUGUAGGAGUAAAUACAUCUUUGUGGAAGCUUUUGUCUGGAAGAGAUGUCUGAGUGGAAUAUGAUAAAGAUCUGUAAAAUUGCACAUGAAAUGAAGGACUGUUUUGCCUUCACAAUGUUUGGGGACUUAUUUGAAGAGGAUUUUUCCUUUAUUUCAAACAAUCAUUUUGGAAAAGGGAAGAAAUCAAAGCCCAGAGAUUCUGAGCCUCCACCUCCCAGGGAUUUCACCAAUCUAAGUGGUAUCAAAAAUCAGGGUGGGACCUGCUACCUCAAUUCCCUUCUGCAGACUCUGCUUUUCACACCUGAAUUUAGAGAGGCGCUGUUCUCUCUAGGACCUGAAGAACUUGGGUCUCUGGAUGAUAGCAGUAAACCAGAUGCAAAGGUUCGAAUAAUUCCAUUACAACUUCAACGGUUAUUUGCUCAGCUUCUGCUCUUGGACCAGCAGGCUGCAUCUACAACAGACCUUACUGAGAGCUUUGGGUGGAACAGCCAUGAGGAAAUGAGGCAGCAUGAUGUGCAGGAAUUAAAUCGGAUUCUGUUCAGUGCUUUGGAAACUUCCCUUGUGGGGACUUCGGGUCAUGACCUUAUUAAGCGAUUGUACCAUGGGAUUGUUGUCAACCAGAUUGUUUGUAAAGAGUGCAAGAAUAUCAGUGAGAGACAGGAAGAUUUCUUAGACCUAACAGUAGCAGUAAAAGGUGUAACUGGCUUGGAGGAGGCCCUGUGGAACAUGUAUGUAGAAGAAGAGUACUUUGAAAAUGAGAACUUGUAUCGAUGCGGAGCCUGUGAUAAACUUGUUGAAGCUUCAAAGUCUGCUAAACUACGCAAGUUGCCACCCUUUCUCACCAUUUCUCUCCUGAGAUUUAACUUUGACUUUGAGAAGUGUGAACGAUACAAGGAAACAAGCUGCUAUACGUUCCCUAUCCAGAUAAAUUUGAAGCCUUUUUGUGAGCAGACUGAAAUGGAUGAUUCGGAGUACAUGUAUGAGCUCUUCUCUGUUAUUAUACAUAAAGGCGGCUGCUAUGGAGGACACUAUCAUGUUUAUAUCAGAGAUGUGGAUGAAUUAGGAAACUGGCAAUUACAAGAAGAAGAAGAUAGGCUGAUUGAAGAUACGGCUUUAAGAGAUAAUGAAAAUGCCAAAGAAGUAGAAAAUCCGUUGGCGGUGUUGAAAGGGAUUUUGUCAGAGGAAGAAUCUAAACAAAUGCCCGUGGAUCAAUUAGGGCAGAAAUUAUUGGAGAAAAAAGGGAUGUCCUGGAAUAAGAAAUACCGAAAACAGUAUGGAGCAUUACGAAAGUAUUUGCAGAAUCAUCCUCACAUAUUUCAAUUCAGUCCUGAUGAAAAUAAGGUUGGUCUGAAGGAAAAACACAAGCUCCUGUUUAAGUCAGAUUCUCAAGGACAAGGUCUCCAAAGCCCUCCUCGGAAGAAUGAUGUUCAGUGGAAUUCAGAAAAAAAACCUACAAGGCUAAGGGACAGUUCUGGUUGCCAUUGGUUUGAUCUGAAUGAUUCAAAGGUCCAGCCAAUCAAGGAGAUGGAUAUUGAGAAACAAUUUCAGGGUAAAGAGAGCGCCUACAUGCUGUUUUAUCGAAAAUCUCAGUUAAAAAGACCGCCUGAAGCGCGAGGAAAUCCAAGGUACCAAAUUCCUGAACACCUUCUGAAUGAAAUGAAUGCUGCUAAUACUGAGCUGCAAAAAAAGAGAGCGGAAUGUGAUUCAGCAAACAAUGGCAUUGAUUUACAUCUCCAUUUGAGCUCAUGUUAUAAAUUUCACAAUGGGGCUUUGCAUCCUUCACUUACUUGGAAAGAGGGUGUUGUGGAUUUGACUAUUGAUAGAAGAAAAACGCUAGGAGACCUUCGACAAUCAGUAUUCCAGAUGUUGGAAUCUUGGGAAGGGGACAUGAUUCUCAGUAUUGCCAAGCCUUUACCAGCAGGACUGCAUCUUUACCAGAUACUUGAUGGAGAUGAGCUGACACUGGAUGGCAUUGGGCUGGCUGAUGGAGCAGACAUCUUUGUGUGGAAUGGAAAAGAGGUUGGUGGAACAAAGGUCAUGACGGGUGCUGAUCAUGAACCUGUGGUCAUAAACGUUCUUCGUUUAGCAGAGUAUAACGAAGGAGGGAAGGGUCAGCAUUUCACAGAAUCGCAGCACGUCUUUUCAUGCAGCACAAAACUGGGUGAUCUGCGCAGAGCCUUAGCACCGUCAGGAGGAAUCAUUCUAAAGAACGGCUCAGGACCAGAUAAAGAAGCCAAGAACUGGGAAGUCUUUCUUGAAGAAGAUAUGAAGGAAACAGUGAAAGGUGUUGGCCUGAUGGAUGGAUGCUCAGUACUAAUCUUAGACAGCCAUGACCAGAGCUUCGUGAAUAUGUCAAGUGGCAAUUUGACUGCUUUUACAUAUGACAUCAGCUGGCUCCAAGUUAAAAACUUCUGCAGAACACAAGAUGAAGAGAAACAUGUUAAAAUUACUGCCACUAUUGAAACAGUAAUGUCUGAUAUCAAAAUGAAAGCAAUACGGGAAUUUCAGCUAGAGGAGGAGCUAGCAAAUGACAGCUGUCUUAGACCUGUUAGCGGAAAUGGGAAACUUCUGUCUCCAGUGCCUGAGGAUUAUACUGUCAAGGAAGCGGAACUGAAAAUGGGAAGCUUGCUAGGGCUGUGUCAUGGGAAUGCUCCAACUUCUACUCAGCUCUUCUUAUAUUUUAUUGUUGGGAGUGACCAAAACGCAAGCCCUGAGAUGGAGAUAGUUGUGGAGGAGACUGCCUCUGUCAAAGAGUGUCUAAAUUUAAUGCUGGAAAAAUCUGGAUUAUCAGGUGACAACUGGCAUUUGAGAAGGAUUGACUGGUGCUAUGAAGCAGGGGAAGCAUUAAGUCAGGAAAAUGCCACUCUGAAGGAACUUAAUGUUUGCAGUGGAGAUACUUUGGUUGUAACUGAAGGAAAACUUCCAGCAAAGGGUUUCCUGAAAAUACCCAUCUGGUGGUUCAAGUCUUCAAGCCAUAAGAAACAUGGAGAGAACACACAAGACCAAGUGAAUGGGAUGACGUGCAAGAUGGAUGCUUUGCAGGUGUCUCCUACAGGAGAUUCACCAGAAUACAUCCACACAGACAUGGAUCUUUGUUAUGCUGGCAGUAUAGAAAUAGCAGGAGAAGCUUCUUUGGAAGAUCUGAAGAUGCAGGCUAUGACAUUACUAUGCUGCCAGGAGCAGAUUGUCCCACUGCCCUCGUUUCUCAGAGCAUGGACAGUGGACAGUAAGCGCCCAGCCAAGCUUUUACGAAACAACAAGCAGCAACUCAAUGACUAUAAGCUGGGUGCCAGAGUGGAAAUCUGCAUAGAACCUUUGCAAAAAGAAGAGCAUUUGGGCCCCCAUGAACUGCUGCUUCGAGUCCAGAUGGGCAUACCAGGGGAGAGGGACUACUAUGACUCCACGGAUUUGGUGUGGGAUAUCUCCAAAGAAUGCACAACCUGGGCACUGAGGCAACAAGUGGCUUCUCACUAUUGUCUCCCUGUAGAUAAAAUUGAAAUAGCCAAAUACUUCCCUGAAAGAUUUGAGUGGCUGCCAAUAUCUAGCUGGACACAGCAAAUUUCAAAGAGGAAACGGAAGAAAAAACAGGAGAGUUUACAGUCAGCGCCUUACCACCUGAAAGAUGGAGAUAUCAUUGGGGUGAAGAAUCUUCUCCUUGAUGACACUAAGGACUUCAGCACAGUGAGAGAUGACGUUGGAAAAGAGAAACAAAGGCAGCUUGUGUUACAAAAAAAGAAAAGUCGGCAAGCCGAACGCUUACAGGACCAUGUUUUCUCUGAGGAGAAGCUGAAUAUUAAGCACCGUAAACCAGAAGUGGCUCUUUCUAUCAACGUGGGUGUUUUCAGAUAGCACCAGGAGAUGAUUUGCUGAUCAGACCAUACUACCUAUGUACUCAGUUGGCUUGGAGUACCUCAACUGGACCAACAAGAGGGUCUUUCCUGAAGUGUCUUCAAGAAUCACUGAGACAAACUGGAUAUAUAGGUUUCAGGAUAACUCUGAUUUUCUUCUAGUCUCUCUUGGGGGAAGUGCUUUAGCAUCCCUUUAUCCAUGUGGUACUUUUUCUCAGGCUAGGUAAAUGCACUUUAUCCAUGAGAAGGCUGAUUAAUAUAUUGUAUAACCUUUUGGUGACUGUUUAGUAAUCACCCUAAAUGCUUUUUUUUUUUUUUUUGAUCAGAUGCUGAUGUCUUGCACCAUCACUACAGCGUUGCUGGGUUUUUAAUGCAGUCAUAAACAUCUCUUUUUUUAGAUAUUUUGUUUUUCAUCUCUGGUCACUGAAGUUACUAGCGAUACCAGAAUUUGUUUUUGUCUUUUUAUAUAUAAACCUAAGUCUGUAGUAGCUGGAGUCAGAUUUCAGGAAUGAAGGAAAUGUGAAAAUCUCUGGACAAAGUGUACUGAAUUGGCAAAAAAAAAAAAAAAAAAAAAAAAAGAGUAAGUUCAGAAUCUGUCAAGCUCUAAAACCUGAAGACCUUUUGCGAUAUGGAACAACAGUGCGGUAACCUAUAUAUUUAAAAUUGCUAGGGCUUUUUUUUUUUUUUUUCCAUAAGCUUCAUUAACAAACAAAAGAGAUGGAAAAAAUUGGCAGAUCUGAUUUUUGAUCUUAAGUGGGUUUUAUUGUACUCAAGAAAAAGGCUUGUAUUUAUUUUCAGUACUCUUAUUCAGAGGACUUUCCCUCAUUUCUUAUUUUUUCAAUUGUUCUAAUAUUCUUUGUUACAUUUCGGAAGAAGUUUCUCUUGGUGUCACAAAGCUGAUUUACAGCCUCCGUAACAGAAGGGGAUGUAUAUGGCUGACGACCAGCUGAACUCAGUAACAAAGGUUCUUGAGUAUUAAGUAAAAUGUUUACCGAGUGCUUAUGAGACUGGAUCUCAAGAAUGAGAACGUGUGUAACUAGCUGAUGAGAGACCAUAUUUUUCUUACCCCUGAGGCUGGGAAUUGGGGUUGACCAGAAUCUGACACUUCAGCAUCUUUAUCAAAACUUUUUUAAUGCUUACAAUACUUAAACUGUGUUUCCCCCCACUGUAUGUGACUAUUCAUAACUUAAUUUCCCAUCAGGUUCAGAAUUUUCGUUGAGCACAACUAGUACUGACAGAUUAACCCAAACUCUUGAUGGAGUUAAUUGUUUACAAUCAAAUUCUAAACAUGUUUUGAAUGAUAAGGCGAAAAUGGAACAGUGGCAGAUAACAUACAAGCAUUUCUGUGCAGCAGUGACGUGCUGGUGGCAUCUAACGUGUUUGGCUGUUAACGGCUGGGAACCUGUGCAAAUGGAUUGCCGUAUCACAUGAAGUCUGCUCUCAAACACACUGCAGAGCUUUGUUGAACUGCACAAAUGUCCGGAAACAUGUUCUGAAAUGAGCAAAGCAAUUGUUCAAAAAUAGCUUUUGAACAAAGCCUGAGGUAUCCUUAGUUAAAUCUGUGUUAAUGAGAGAACAAAAUACAAGUCACUUUUGGGGACUACCAUAAACGUUUAACCUGCUUUGUGUAUAUGUAGAAGAUGCCAGUACAGCAGACUACUAAAAUUUUGGCUAAUAUGAGAAGAUCUCUCAUUUAUCUUUUAUAGGUUAACAAUAUUCUGGUAUUUCAGACAGCUUCAAGACAAAAACUGACACUCUCAGCUAUCAGGAAAAAAAAAAGUCAAAAGCUCUUUGAAGCAUAUGAUUAUUAUUUAUUUCAUUGCAUAUCUUCAAAAUUCAGCAGGUGCUUCUGUGCUUUCUUAGGCUGAUUCAUUCAAGAGGAGGAUAUUUUAAUUUCCUCACUGUUUCGGUUGUAGGUAGGCUUUACUUGAAUCUUGAAAUCCUAGUAGUAUGGAUAGAUUUUCUGACUAAGGUGAGGGCAGCCAAUUGCUUUCCCCAUCUUAUUUUGCAUCGCCUUCUUCCGUAUCAAGUGUUCUUGCGAGCCAAAAAUGAUCACACCUGCUGAUUACUAAGGUAAGCAAGAAAGGUUUGUGUCUGCAGAUUAUUUCAUUGCAUUGCACUUACUUUGCUGUCACUUUAAUUCCUCCAGUUCCUUGCUGGACAGCUGUACUGACCUCAGCCCUCCCACCUACCUGUUAAUAACGCUAGCCUCUUCUUGAAAACACGAAGUUUGGAGAAAUCUAAAUAUGGAUUCCAUGUGCUAACGUGGGGAUUUUAGUAUGUGCCUUUGUUAAAGUGUAAUGUAGCAGCGCCUGCACUGAACCAAUCUUGGAUUAUUUCUAAUGUUGGCUCAAAAUGCUAUUUUUUCCUUAAAACUAUUGUGGGUCAUUCCACAAUGAGAGAGUUCAUUAAAAAUGGGGGUGGGGAGAGGGAACACCUUUUUAAAAUGGAGUCUUUGUGAUUCCACGGUUUAUGAUGGUUAUAUUCCAAAGCCUGGAAAAGCUUUCGUCUUUAUUUUUCAAGUGUUCUUCACAAAAUAAAAAGUAAUUUCUAUUUGA